AUGGGCGUUAUUUGGAAAAUUGCAACCUUUAAAAAUAACAUAAGCAGAUCUUCGAAUAGGAGAGCAUCGCAACCGCAAAUUACUACACCCCCAGGAGUAGUAACGACACCAUCGUAUAGCCAAACAAAUCCAACCUCGGUAACCGCCUCAGCAACUACUCACGGGGUUGUACCAAAUGGCGGAAUCCAAAAUAAUUCACCAUCAGAAUCAAUUUCACCUGGAUUAAUUGUUGGAUUAGGAAUAGCAGGAAUUUUAGUGGUCGGUUUGAUAGCAUUUUUCGUAAGAAAGCGAUUAAAAGCAUUAAAUUAUAAUAAACAUAGAAGCUUCUUGAAUGAUGAUUUUAAUGAAAUGUUUAAUGUUGGGUCAACAGAGCAACAUACAGCAAAUUCUAAUGCCAAUAGCGGUAAUACAAGGAAUUUAAAUAGCUCGGCAUCUAGGUCGAGGACAAAUAAUGAUAGAAGAGUUCAGAAUGCUGAUCCUAAUAUCAACAGAUCAAAUAGUAGACCAUUAAAUAACAUGACGUCUAGCCCUACUAAUUUGCCGUUAACGAAUAAUAAUAGGGGUGGUGAAAGAGCUCAUAUGGCGUCGAGGAUGAAUAAUAAUAGAGGUGGCGGAGGUGUUUAUAAUUCUAAUAAUAGCGGGUCAAAUAGACCUUGGCCGAAUAAUCAUAGAGGUGGUGAGGGUGUUCAUAAUUUUAAUAACAGAUCAAAUGAUAUAUCUAUAAUAAACAAUCGAGUUAAUGUCUCCUCACCUCUAGCCUCACCUCCUCUAACUUCAAUGAGUAAUGCUUAUAGUAACAAAGUAUCAGAAGUGACAACACCUUAUCAUCCAGCUAUCUCCGUUGAGCAACCGUCUUUCGGCAGACCACCACCUUUGGGAACACCGUAUGUGCAUGGAGUAUCAUCGCCACCACCGCCUACUUUAUUGCCAGAAAAUAAUAACAUGGUAGGAUAUGGUGCAGAAAUUAGGAGUAAUAAUAUUAAUAUAAUACCUUCAUCUUCACAUCAACAAUAUCAACAGUAUAAUUCAGCUGGUAUUAAUACUCUUCCACCACACAAUUAUUAUAAUGUGAAAAACGAUCCAACAUUUUCAAAAUCUAACAAUGGACAGUUUGUAACAAGUGAUGAAAGUAGAGAACCUUCAAAUGUAAAUAGAAAUAUUACUGUAAACCGUGUUGAAGGUAUACCACUAAGGGCAAAUACCUUAGGUGGAAAAUCUUUUGGAAGUUUUGAUUAUGGCGAUUAUG